GAAAAAUUGAGGAGCUGUUCAGCAGCAACGGCUGCUCCUGCCUUCCUUUGCCAUCACCACCCCCCAUCAAAGCUGAGAGGCAGAGACCGGCAUUGCAAGUACGUACCUCCAACCACCAGCCCCUGCAGCUCGCCCAGCGCCUCCAGCCCCUUUGAUGUCCAUGCCCAAGAGAAGGCUGCUCUGCAUCCCUCUGGACCUUUCCAAAAGGGAGAUUCCUGCUCAGUAGAUGACUUCCAGAACCAUCCGCUAAGCUUCCUGUAGCCCUCCUCCAUCAGCUGACCCCUAUCACUCAAGAUGAGUGGCUUCCUCGCCUCCCUGGACCCCCGGCGGGUGCAGUGGGGGGCUGCCUGGUAUGCCAUGCACUCCAGGAUUCUGCGCACCAAACCAGUGGAGUCCAUGCUGGAGGGAACUGGGGCCACCACCGCACAGGGCACCAAGCUAGCCCAGGUGCUCACCACCAUGGACCUCAUCUCACUCGGUGUUGGCAGCUGCGUGGGCACUGGUAUGUAUGUGGUGUCUGGCCUGGUGGCCAAGGAAAUGGCAGGACCUGGUGUCAUUGUGUCGUUCAUCAUUGCAGCCGUUGCGUCCAUAUUAUCAGGUGUCUGCUACGCAGAGUUUGGAGUCCGUGUCCCCAAGACCACAGGAUCUGCCUACACCUACAGCUAUGUCACUGUGGGGGAGUUCGUGGCAUUUUUCAUCGGCUGGAAUCUGAUCCUGGAGUACCUGAUUGGCACCGCGGCUGGCGCCAGUGCUCUCAGCAGCAUGUUUGACUCACUGGCAAACCACACCAUCAGCCACUGGAUGGUGGACACUGUGGGAACACUCAAUGGCCUGGGGAAAGGUGAAGAAUCGUACCCAGACCUGCUGGCUCUGGUGAUCGCAGUCAUCGUGACUAUCAUCGUCGCGCUGGGGGUGAAGAAUUCCGUGGGUUUCAACAACGUCCUCAACGUGCUGAACCUGGCAGUGUGGGUGUUCAUUAUGAUUGCAGGGCUCUUCUUCAUCAAUGGGAAGUACUGGGCUGAGGGCCAGUUCCUGCCCCACGGCUGGUCAGGGGUGCUGCAAGGAGCAGCCACAUGUUUCUAUGCUUUCAUUGGCUUUGACAUCAUCGCCACCACCGGAGAGGAAGCCAAGAAUCCCAACACGUCCAUCCCUUAUGCCAUCACUGCCUCCCUGGUCAUCUGCCUGACGGCAUAUGUAUCUGUGAGCGUGAUCUUAACUUUGAUGGUGCCAUAUUAUGCCAUUGACACAGAAUCCCCACUCAUGGAGAUGUUUGUGGCUCAUGGGUUCUAUGCUGCAAAAUUCGUGGUGGCCAUUGGGUCAGUUGCAGGACUGACAGUCAGCUUGCUGGGCUCUCUCUUCCCAAUGCCAAGGGUCAUUUAUGCCAUGGCUGGUGAUGGGCUCCUUUUCAGGUUCCUAGCCCAUGUAAGCUCCUACACGGAGACCCCAGUGGUGGCCUGCAUCGUGUCGGGGUUCCUGGCAGCUCUCCUCUCGCUAUUAGUCAGCCUGAGAGACCUGAUAGAGAUGAUGUCCAUCGGCACGCUCCUGGCCUACACCUUGGUCUCUGUCUGUGUCUUGCUGCUUCGAUACCAACCAGAGAGUGACAUCGAUGGCUUUGUCAAGUUCUUAUCUGAGGAGCACACCAAGAAGAAGGAGGGCAUUCUGGCCAACUGUGAGAAGGAAGUGUGUUCUCCCGUGAGCGAAGGGGAAGACUUCUCUGGACCAGCCACCAACACAUGCGGAGCCAAAAACUUACCGUCCUUGGGAGACAAUGAAAUGCUCAUAGGAAAAUCGGACAAGUCAGCCUACAACGUCAACCACCCCAACUACGGCACUGUGGACAUGACCACGGGCAUAGAAGCCGAUGAGUCUGAAAACAUUUAUCUCAUCAAGUUGAAGAAGCUGAUCGGGCCCCGUUACUACACCAUGAGGAUCCGGCUGGGCCUUCCAGGUAAAAUGGACCGGCCCACAGCAGCCACAGGACACACGGUGACCAUCUGCGUGCUCCUGCUCUUCGUCCUCAUGUUCAUCUUCUGCUCCUUCAUUAUCUUCGGUUCAGACUACAUCUCAGAGCAGAGCUGGUGGGCCAUCCUGCUGGUUGUUCUGAUGGUGCUGCUAAUCAGUGCCCUGGUGUUCAUGAUUUUGCAGCAGCCAGAGAACCCCAAGAAGCUGCCCUACAUGGCCCCUUGCCUCCCCUUUGUGCCUGCCUUCGCCAUGCUGGUGAACAUCUAUCUCAUGCUAAAGCUCUCCACCAUCACCUGGAUCCGGUUUGCUGUCUGGUGCUUUGUGGGAUUGCUCAUUUAUUUUGGGUAUGGCAUCUGGAACAGCACCCUGGAAAUCAGCGCCCGAGAAGAGGCCCUGCACCAAAGCACAUACCAGCGCUAUGAUGUGGACGACCCCUUCUCGGUGGAAGAGGGUUUCUCCUAUGCCACAGAGGGCGAGAGCCAGGAGGACUGGGGCGGGCCGGCCGAAGACAAAGGCUUCUAUUACCAGCAGAUGUCAGAUGCAAAGGCAAACAGCCGGACAAGUAGCAAAGCAAAGAGCAAAAGCAAGCACAAACAGAACUCAGAGGCCCUGAUUGCAAAUGACGAGUUAGAUUACUCUCCAGAGUAGGAGUAAACCCACAAGAGGGUGGAAAAGGAGCAACUUCCCUUUCUACAAUGGUUUAUUCUUCUUGAGCUGCUUGAGUGACAUGUUCAUCAUUCUGAAAUACCUAGGCAGUUGCCUUUUGCCAAAAUUACUUCUCCAAGAAAAUAAAAUUUUCUUUCAUAGGACUUAAAGCCCAAAAGGAAUUAGUGGAAGUUUUGAAGCCCAUCAAAAGUAAACAUAUAUUCUGCAGUGUCAACCAAAACAGUGUUAGAAGUCGUUAAACAGUUCUCUACAUGCAUGGAAUUAUGCAAUCUGUAUAGGACUGUUAGACAGCUUUGGGCUUCAAGUCUUCAGAAACCAGAUAGCUCUAAUUUCUUACUCUUUGAGAACAUUUAGUGCAUUUUAGAACACAGAAGGAAAGAAAAUGGCUCUGUAUUAGAAUAAGGAAACAAAGGAAGCCUGGAUUUUUACCUUGGGAAUCCUUCUGUGCUUUUUUUUUUUCCCCCAUUAAGCUUUCCUGACAUUGACAUUGGUGACACUGGCUAAAGGGAAUUGUGGGUCAUGUGAAUUUCCCAGGAAGUGCAGACUUUAAGGAAUUAUGCCCAUUUUGACAUCGGGAUGAGAAGACUGGCAUACGCAACUCCAACUGAUUUUCCUUGGCAGUUACCAAUAUACUUGUUUUACUCACUCUCCUGCAGGCAAGAAUUUCCACUGGAAAUCAUAAACCCCCACCUUCCAAAACAAAGGCACUGCUAAUGUUAUGAUGGCACAUAAAUACCUCAACUGUUUGGGCUGAUAGGAGGGGCUGCAGGUUUUUAAGAGAGCAGCUACAAUCUGAUCCUCAUCCCAUGUAGUUAUCACCAUCCGAUGACAGGAGCUUUUCUCACUGUGGAAAAGAAACUUACUGUUUAAUUCAUAUCCAAAGUUAAAAGUACAGAUUGUAAAUUUAACCAACUUGUUUCGUUUGUGUUUGGUCCUUGAGAUGUAAAACUUGCUUUUAGCAGAUGGUGAUUUCUGGUGUUAUUCUCUGCUAUUUUUUUGGUAUGAAAUUGCUGUAUUUGUUAAAGUUUGUUCGUUUUGUGAUUUUUAAUUCCCAUUGGUGCACUGUACAAUGGGGUGUUGUAGUAUAUAAUGAAGAAAGAAAUAAUAUGCAGAUAUGUUAUGGAAUGUGUUUUAUUUUCAAAUGACUGUGGUGUUAACAGUGUAUCAGUUUAUCAAGAUACUAAGGGAAAAUUCUAAAUUUACCAAAAUGUGUAUAUUUUAAUAAAUGCAUAAAGCUUUA